AUGUUCCUCCUGGCGGCACUGCGCCGCUGGAAGUCUUCCACCUGCUUCCUGCAUCGACUCAUGCUGUGCACCGAAAGGGGGGCUGUAGUUGAACUGGGGUACAGUCGGGACAGCCCAUCUUCACUAAUAACUGAAUGUUGUGAAGUGGAGUGGAGUGUUGUCCUGUUUCAUGUAAUUUGUCUUUGCUUUCUAGUGUCUAAGCCAGGCCAGCCUGAGGAUGCUGGCAGACAGCUCAAGAAAAAGAAGAGGAAGAAACCCAGGAAGCAAGCUGAGAAGGCAAAUGCUCCUUCAACCAAACAGGUGGCCUCUAACACCACCAGGCCGACCCCAGGACAGAAAGCAGCCCCUCAAGCCAGCGAAUCACCUCCACAGGGUGUUACACAGAGCAGAAAUGAGAGUUUGGUCACAGGGAGCAAAAGUGAAGUGGGUUCCCCUUCUUUUUCCGCAAUGAAUCUCCUGCGUCAGAGACUACACGAGAAGAUUAAAAAAGCUUCUGGAAAAGAUGAUGCCAAAGAAUUGCCCCCUGCAGUCCUGGAGAAGAGGCAGCGAAGAAAGUAUGAGAGAGAGAGAAAGAAGCGCCGAAGGAAGGAGUUGAAGAUGAAGGCAAAAAUGGUGAAGAAAGAAACUGAGGAGGUACCGGUAGAGCCAGAAAGCAAAAAGGAGGAGAGCACAGCUGAGGUGGUCUUUAACAGGGUCGAAGUCCAUGAAGAGAAUGAGUUGAGCAAGAUCCAGAAGAAGAAAGAGAAGAGGAAGGCAGUGAAAGGCAAUAUCACUCCUCUGACGGGCAGAAACUACAAGCAGCUGCUGAACAGGCUGGAGACCAGGAAGAAUAAGCUGGAGGAACUCAAGGAUAAGGACCAGAAGAAAGCUGAGGAGCUAGAGAACAAGAUGAAAUGGACAAAUGUCCUCUAUAAGGCGGAAGGCGUGAAGAUUCGCGAUGACGAGGAGCGUCUGAAAGAAGCUCUGAAGCGUAAGGAGAAGCGUAAAGCGCAACGCCAAAGGCAGUGGGAGAAGCGGACAGAAAAAGUGGUAGAAAAGAUGCAACAGCGGCAGGAAAAGCGUCGCAAGAACAUUCAGAAGAAGAAGAAGGAUCGGAUAGAGAAGAAGAAAGCCAGGGCGCGGAAGAAGGGCCGGGUUCUGCCCGAGGACUUGAAAAAGGCUGGCUUAAAGUGAGAGGCGGGCAGCCAGCCCUCGCGGCUGGGGUGGAACUUCUGCUUGGGGGGGUCACGGGUGAACUGUCACACGCCGCAGACCGUCUGUCUGUCACUGUCCGUCUGUCACCGUCCGGAGGCGGCGCCCGAGGAAUCCAGCCCGUGGGGCAGUCACUGCCAUGGCUUCCCGACUUAACAACAGAAAAAAGCCUAUUGUCUGCUGUUAAUUAAAUUUCCUAAC